AUGAAUUCGGUUUGGACGCUUUCGUUGCUUCUUUAUUGCAUAGCAUCAUGUCAAUUAGUCACUGUGAAAGCUCAGCAAGUAGAAACUGAAGCCAGAAGUAAUCUAAGAGGCAAUUCGGAGCUUGUCGACGUUGUGGUUGUGCAAGUAGAAGAAUUAGCAGAAGAAUACGAAGAUGAAUACGAAGAUGAAUUGGAAGAAGAUGAAGAAACAUCAGCAGCUGCAUCAGCGUCAACACAAUAUAACCGCACGCUCAAAAGUCCACUCCAAUUUUCCUCGGCUUUUCGUCGGGAAGAUGUUUCGUCGAAAAGAAUGCAACCACGAAUUGUUGGCGGAAAUCAAGCUGGUUUUGGUGAAUAUCCGUAUUAUGUGGACAUGGGAAGAUGUGGAGGAACCCUGAUUGCACCCGAUGUGAUUUUAACUGCCGCACAUUGUGGAUCCUUUUCAGGUGAACGAGUGAUUGUGGGAGCUUAUAUUAAUGGGGAUGGAUCUACACAGGGAGCGACAACUGUGACAGUGGUCGAUUGGGCUCGUCACCCUCAAUUCAAUGAGGCCCUCUUUCGAUAUGAUUUUGCACUUCUCAAAAUAUCGCCUCCAGUCAAUCUCAAUACCAAUGUUCAGUUUUCCCUCAAUUCGCAACGCAACCUUCAGGAUUACGAAAACUUGGACGUUGUUGGAAUGGGAUCCCAAUUUGAAGGUGGUCCACUUUCGAAUACCGUGAGGGAUGUGACAGUCCGCAGCUUGCCAAGUCAAUUGUGUCAACGGAGGCAGUGGUAUAGCAGUCGUCUCAAUGAUGAGACCAUGUUUUGUGCGGGCUAUCGAAAUGGUGGAAGAGACGCCUGUCAAGGAGACUCGGGUGCACCCAUUCUCCGAAAGAUUGGAAACCAACACAUUCAAGUUGGAAUUGUUUCUUGGGGAGACGGAUGUGCUCGAGCACGCAAGCCUGGAGUCUAUGCCCGUGUCAGUGUCGCCUAUAGCUGGAUUCGAAAUCAAGCCUGCAAUCGAUGGGGAAGUAGUGGUGGGAGUCUCUGCAGUGGUGGAACACCAAGUCAAAAUCAGAACAGUGGCAGCAACAACAACAACCAAUACACCAAUGAUCCAAAUAACUGCGGUGCCAACCAGUACAAGUUUGACUUUUAUUUGAAAACGGAUGGCGAUGGUGCCCAAAUCAGUUGGAGCCUUGCCAAUCGAGCCAAUGGGGCUCGUCUGGUCCAACAGUCGAAUCUUGCAAACUGGCAAGAAUACAGGGCGGUUAGUUGCAUCCCAAUAGCGCCCUACCAACUCUUGAUUCAAGACCAAGCCAGUGAUGGACUUCAAGGAGGAGGUUACGAACUGAGGCUGAAUGGUGGACUUUCCCUGAGUACUUUUGACAAUGUGCCAUUUUCAAGAAGGACCAUUGUUUGGUAG